GAGCGCGGGGGAGUAGCUGUUGCGGCCCCUCCGCUCGCCGCCCCGAUGCCGGCGGGCACGGAGCAGCCGGGGGGCGCCGAAGAGCAGCCGCCGGCACCGGCCGAGAGACCGCCCUCGGGCCGCCGCCGCCCGCCGCCGCCUGCCGCCGAGCAGGGGGAGGAGUCUGCGGGCAGCCGGGUGCUGCGGGGGGGCCGGGAGCGGAGCCGCGCCGCCGGGGGAGCCGCCGCCGCCGCCGCCUCCCGCCGCCGGAAGGCCGAGUAUCCCCGGCGCCGCCGCAGCCCCGCGACCCGGCCCGCCGCCGAGCAGCCCGCCGCCGAGACGCCGCCCGCUGCCAAGAAGGGCGCCCCUCGGGCUGGGUGCACAGAUAAAGCAGCUGGUAAAGAUCCCAAAGAAGAGAAAGAAGAGGAGGAAGUCUCCAGUGCUCUUAGCCACAGCUCUCCUGUCAGCACGGCCAGGCCCAGCAGAAGCUGGCGCAGUAGCAGAUCAGCGACUGCUGCCCGCCAGCGUGAAACGGAGAAUUCCCGUGCCUCCAGAUCUAAGACUGGUUCUCUGCAGCUCAUCUGCAAGUCUGAACCAAACACGGACCAGCUUGAAUAUGAGAUCACAGAAGAGCAUCAGUCUCCAGCAGGAAUCAGUGAUGAGGAGGAGGAGAUGCUCAUCAGUGAGGAAGAAGUUCCCUUCAAAGAUGACCCAAGAGAUGAAACCUACAAGCCCCACUUAGAAAAGGAAGCUCCAAAGCAAAGAAGAAAAGCUAGCAAGGGGAAGGAGGAAAAAGAGAAACAGAAAGAGAUUAAAGUGGAGGUGAAAGAAGAAAGUGAGUUUCAGGAAGAUGAAGAACCACCAAGGAAGAGAGGAAGAAGGAGAAAGGAUGACAAGAGCCCCAGGCUGCCUAAGAGGAGGAAGAAGCCUCCAAUACAGUAUGUCCGCUGUGAGAUGGAAGGCUGUGGCACAGUCUUGGCUCACCCACGUUAUCUACAGCAUCAUAUAAAGUACCAGCACUUGCUGAAGAAGAAAUAUGUGUGUCCCCAUCCCUCCUGUGGUCGACUUUUCCGGCUCCAGAAGCAGCUCCUGCGGCAUGCCAAACACCACACAGAUCAAAGGGAUUAUAUCUGUGAAUACUGUGCCCGGGCAUUCAAGAGUUCUCAUAACUUGGCAGUGCACCGGAUGAUCCAUACAGGCGAGAAGCCCUUGCAGUGUGAGAUCUGUGGGUUCACCUGCCGGCAGAAGGCUUCCCUGAACUGGCACAUGAAGAAGCAUGAUGCGGACUCCUUCUACCAGUUCUCCUGCAAUAUUUGUGGCAAGAAGUUUGAGAAGAAGGACAGCGUUGUGGCCCACAAAGCCAAAAGCCACCCAGAGGUGCUUAUCGCUGAAGCGCUGGCUGCCAACGCAGGUGCCCUGAUCACCAGCACCGACAUCUUGGGCACUAAUCCUGAGGCCAUUGCGCCACCCACCGAUAGCCAGGGCCUCCCUCUUCUUCCUGACCCCUUGGGAAGCACUGCCCCAGCAGAUUGCCUGCUGCUGAACCCUGACGGGAUGCCGAAGACGUACUGCAGUGGGGCAGAGCGUGUGAGCCUCGUGGCCGACGGCAAGCUCUUUGUGGGCAGUGGCAGCAGUACAAACCCGGAAGGGCUGGUCAUGAACACAGAGAUCCUGGGAGCCACCACAGAGGUGCUCAUUGAAGAUUCAGACUCCACCGGACCCUAGUGGGCGGGGAGCAAUGCAGGUGCUGGGACAGUUUGGACUCUAUAUUUAAAAGGAAAAAAAAAAUGGAGAAACUUAUUGAAAGAGAGAAAAGUUAAACAAAACUUAAAUACUAGUAAAUAACCGAAAGGUCUGCUCCCCUCCAGCGUGGAUCACAGCACAUCCUCUUUUCUCCCAGCCACUUCUCUCUCUCCUCUCUCUCUCUUUCUCUCUCCCCCCUCUCUCUUUCCCUCCCCUUCCCCCCCCCCCAUGCCCCUUUGUAGAAAGGGGCACACGCUGCCAUUACCAGAGCAAGCUGGAUUGAGCAACGGAUUUCUCCAAGGGAGGGGAAACGGCCAAAAUCCUUCGCUCUGCCCCAAAGCAGAUGCCUUUCUGGCUCCUUGACGCAGCCCACUUGCAAACUAGGAAGCAUUUGUGCUCUGAACGAGUUUCUUAGCGCUCCCUCCUCCCUCUGUGGUCCCAGCUUCUAUGCAUCACUGCACUCUGGUCCUUGCAGUCUCACUCUUCCUCCUGGGGCUGGGAGUUUGGCUUGGCACUUUAGGUCCCUUCAGCAGGGUGAGUUGUAAAACAGCACAUGUCCCUCUGCACCGCACUCCUCUGCUCCGUCUCUGGCAGAAAGUCUAGGGAACGCCCUGGCUUGUAGAUCAUGUUUGCUCGGAGAGGCCUGGGGGCUACGGGAGUCCUGCGUGGGAGAGGCAAGGAGGAGCAUCCCAGUUUGACAACAGUAAUUUGCACUUUGAACGUGUUUCAUUUUUGUGUUGUGGUAACAAGAUUCCUUAUUUAUUGAUAAAAGGGUCGAUAUUUUUUAGUUAUGCUCUUGGGGGAGGGAGGAAGGUUUUGGGCUAUUUCCCAGUAGGCUCCUUUACACUAGUGAGUUGUAGGGAAUGAGUUGUGCCAUUGUAACAGCAGUGGGAAGAACCGAGGUGAAGAAAGCAUUCUGAAAUUGCAGCUUUUCCAGAGUAGAACAAGAGCCCUUGGAGAAGAGCCUAUUUGCAGUUUCUUUGCAACAGUGUUUUAACUGGGAGGAUGAGGUGAGUGAUGGAACAGCUGGCUCUUGCCUUGCUCCCUUGCGGGUCGCACUGAACUCCUUGCAUUAAAUGCCUCUUCUUUUUCUUUUGCCUCAUCCCUGCUCCCUAGCCUUGCAGGGAAGAACAUCAUUAGCCAGGAACUUGUUCUCUUGACUUAGGGCAGCUGUGAGCAGCUUACUGGUGCGGGAUGUCCUGCUCUUCAUCCAACUCUGCCUCCACUUUCUGGGUCUAGACAAAGACACAGAUGCAGAGGCUGGAUAUGGUUGUCUCAGACUUGUUUAUCCAAUGUAGAAACUGCUGGCUUCUCUUCCUGCUCUGGUUUGAUGGACAAGGGGUGUUGUGCAGCCCUGUUCUCCAGAGGCACAAGCACCUCUAUUUUCUAUGAAACAUGGUGGUUCAAAUAAUACCCACUGGUGUAGUUAGGACAGCUCUGCGCCCUUGGAAGUGUUUGUGUAGCAUAUGAUGUGUCUCUGGUAUUGAGGCUUGUAUCUUUUUGCUCUGUUACCUGAAACUUUAUGUAGAGACUCAGUGGCCUUGAAUUCUUAGCAUUUUUGGAAGAGGUGAAAAAUAACCUGGGUGGGUUUUUGUUUACCUUUGUUUGUUUGUUUGUUUUUGGUCAGGUUUAUGUGGUUGGGAAUAGAGCUGAAAUAUCUUCUCUAAGCACAAGAUCAGCUAAAUUGGUCUGUAACACAAAGCUGCUAGGCAAAAUCAGGUAUUUGGUGUUUGGAGAAUGGCAGCAAAAUAUGGAAUUUAAUUGGAAGCUGCCUUUUUUUUUUUUUUAAUGAAAAACUGACUCUAUCUCCCAUGCUACCUGAAAAUCCAACUGUGGCUCAAACCAGAUAGCUUUUAUUGGGUUGUUUCUCCCUCCCCCCCUUCCCCACACCCCUGUCCUCUCAUUGAAAUCUUUGUUAGAGCAAGUGGAAACACCUCUGGCAUUGGUUGGAGUGGUUCAUUGUACAAGCCUGCAACCCUGGUGUCUUACACUCGGGGAUGGGCAUCUCCCACUCUUGCACUGCAGGAGCAUUGUGCCUUGCUUGCGUGAGGGAGAUGCAUCCAGCUGGGAGCCCAUUUUGGAGAUGAGCAUGAGGGCUGCAGUGCACCCAAGCAUGAGUUUCUUGGGGCAAUGCAGUGUCAGGUCUGUGGCGGUAUGGCAUCAAACUGAAACCGCUUUCUUCAGCUGGGAAGAUCCAACCUCUUUCUUGGAUUGCAGGAGGCCAAAAUAUUGUGAUUUCCAACUAGAAGCUCUUGGGUGGCCAGCCAGCCCCUCCCCUCCCUCCCUUCCUUCCCAAACAGAAGCAUCCUGCAGCACAACAUGUUGUGUUCAAACACAGUUCUGACUGUUUUACCCCAGUGGCAUGGGGCUGCUGUCCGGGGAAGCUUGGGGCCAGCCAACCCAUUUUUGCGCAGCGAUGUUUCUCCUAGUUCGGAUCCCAGCUGCCAGGAGUAGAAAUGCUCUUGUGCUGCGGGUUGGCUGUGCUGUCACUGAGCCAGCUGCUGGUAGCUCUGCUGGAGCUGCCUUUCCUACCCUGCUGCUUCACCCGGUGGGAAGUGUGGAGCAGACAGAGCCUUGCACAGAACACUAAAAGGAGCGCUUAGGCUUUUGUUUUCUGAGGAUGGCACUAAAACGCUUUUGGGUCAAGAGCUUGCUCGCCUGUGGUGACGCAAUGCUUGGCACCCGGUUAGAGGCAGGGGAGGCCGCAACGUUCUGCGGCCGUCCCCAGCAGAGCAACGCCUUUGCUGUUGCUUGCGUUUGUGGGACAUAGGGCGAAGCAGCAGUUUUGCCUCCUGAUCCCUGCUGCUCCAUGCAUUUCUCCCCCCCCCCCCCAUAGCUUUCUUUUUUCUUUUUCUGGUCUCGGCCAGUUGCCUGUCUGUCCUCUAACUACAGCCUGCUAACCCCUAGUGCAGGAGAGACUGGUGUAACUGCCUGCUCCUCUUCCAAUCCCUAUGACUGACACAGCCCUCCUGCUGCUCCUUCUCUCAAUGUCUCUCCUUCACUCGCAUGCAGUUUGCUUCAAUAAAUUAUUGUAGUAGUUUGCAAUAAACCUUUUUUGUAUUUUU